GUGUAUACUGAAGUGUAAGAUUUGGGAAGCAUUCGUGUGUUUUGUUACUGGAAUAUCCAUCCCUAGGUACUUUCUCCCUCUCCCCUCUGCCGGCCCCCCUGCUCCCACACAACGGUUGUGGUCGAGAUGAUCACAGUCUCGAGCCUGACAACUCUCAACACACAUAAACAUAAAACACUCCAUAAAGCCUCGUGCAUCAGUGCGGUAGCAGCAGCAAUAGCGGCGGGUAAGCCGGGAAUAGAGGUGAUAUUGUGGCAACAACAUGACUUGGAGAGAAAAAAUCCUUAUCUCGUACGUCCAGCACGUGAUGUUUGAUGGCGGCAACAGCAAUGGUGCUUUGGAUGCCCGCGGCGCUCCCCAAGGCAGGGCAGGUACAGGAAGCAGGCCGGACAGCAAUACCCCGGCACAACCUCACCACCUCCCCGCAAGGAAGGCCACGGCGUGCGAUGAAUGGGAGUGAGGGAGUGGAGUAUCCUUCGCUGGUGUAAACAUUGAAAGUUGAAGUGACCAGUGGAAUAGCUGAGUUCUUGCUGUGCGAGUGCCUGCCUGCGUUGGCGUCACGAACUUGGUUGGCAUCUCGUGGCAAAGGUCAAGGUCAAGAGAAAGUAGGUGUGCAAGUCGACCUCGUCAGGGCUGAUGGGUCAUUAACCGAUGAGAACAAGCAAGGGGGACGAUCAUGGUGGAUGGUGUUGGGUGGAGGAAGUGAGGGCGGGCGGUAUGGGUCGGUAGGGGAGAGUGGAGGACUGAUGGGGGAGAUUCAGUACUGUGGGAGUGGUGGCAACAGCAGGAGUGGCACCAGCAGCAGUGCCAGUAGUGUGGUGGACGAGAGCGACCACUGCCACAUGACUCACGACGUGUAUCAGCGCCUGCUUGCCAACCACGACUCCUACAUCAACGCCAAUGGGGUUAUUAAAGACGGAGGUGGGGGCAUGGUGAAGAUACCCAUCCCAUCACCACACAGAGAUGAACCAAGAUUCCCAAAAGAAAAAUUCAAAACACUUCUUGCAUUCCUGUUCCUGUUCUCCAACUGGAUCUUCACCACAGCCUCCCUUGCCUUGACUCAUGAGCGGGUGCCCAACUACAAGCCCUUACCUGACGUCACACUGGACGCUGUCACCACUCAGGAGUGGGGCCUUGAUGUGUCUGAGAUCAUCAUCAUGAUUACUGUAUAUCUUUGUGUCAUGGUCCUGCUUUUCCACAAACACAGGUGGAUUCUCUUUCGCCGGGUAUUUUUAAUGAUGGGUCUCCUAUAUUUUUACCGUUCCAUCACCAUGUAUGUGACAGUCCUCCCUGUUGCCAACCCUCACUACCCUUGUGCCCCAAAAGCCAACUACACUAGCCCAGUGUUGGUUGCCAAGCGGGUGAUCCAGCUGCUCUCAGGGUUUGGCUUGUCCAUUAAUGGGAAGCAUACCUUCUGUGGGGAUUACAUUUAUUCCGGCCACACAGUCUGCCUUGUCCUGGCAUACUUGGUUGUCAGAGAAUACACACCUCGCCGGUGGUGGCUUCUUCACUGGUGCUUUGCACUGCUGGCGGUGACUGGGGUGGUGAUGGUCCUCAUAGCUCGGGGCCACUACACCGUCGACUGUAUCAUCGCUUACUACAUUACCACACGAAUAUUUUACAUUUAUCAUACACUUGCAAAUAAUACAAGUCUUAAGGAGAGUGGUCCAAGCAACUUCUUUGAGAGGUUAUGGUGGUAUCCGCUCUUCUGGCGGUUUGAGCGCAACGUGCAGGGCGUUGUGCCGCGCCAUUAUGAGUGGCCGCUGCCCUGGCCCAGGAGGUGGAGCAGCAAAAAUCCACAAAGAACCUCCUAGUCAAAUAAUAAGUAUUGCUAAGCUCACCAAUGAUGCAUUUUGAAGUACUGAAACACUUUUAAUUGUCUUACACUUCAUCAGAAAGAAAAUUGAAGUUGCAACAGCCUACAAGUUCAGUGACAGAAGGAAAGAAGUACAAGUGUGACAGUGUGGAGUGAUGAUAAAGGUGUGUAAUACUGAAAGGGUUUUACAGCAAGUAUUUUGCUGUGAGAGUUUUUGAUCCAAAUUUUAAAAAAUUAAAGUGAGAAAAAAAAAAAAAGCAAAAACAGUGAACAGCUUUUUGGUGGUUUGUUUGAUUUUUGUCAGUGUUUUGAGGAACAACUUUUGCUAUGAAAAUAAAAGUGUAAUAGAACCUGUGUGUUUUGGGUCUCCAGGGAAUGACUGAAAAUUUUAAAUCUUCCAAAAUAUAAAUUGCUAAUCUGUAACUGAACUACUUCUAAAGAGAUCUGAUGAAACUUCUUGGGGCAAAUUUAAACAAGUAGAUGUAGAAUACAUAUAUACAUAUAUGUAUAUAUAUACAUAUAUUUUUUAGAAGAAUCCUGUCACUGAAACAGAUCAUACACACCUUACAGUUAGUUUUCUCUGCAGUCUUAGAAACCAUUAUCAUUUUCAUAUCAGGUGUUUUUUACCUCAUUGAACAAGUGCAGUAGUAGUGGUCCAGAUGUGUAAGCAGCAGCUUAGUGCCAAUGAGAAGUGCAUUUUGUAAGUGACCUGAUCAUCAAACACCACCUGCUGUGGCUUCUGGUGGGUGAGGAUCCCUGUACUGAUAAGGCAUAGAUGUAAGCUAGUUGGAUUGCCCACCUGGAUUUGAAUUAUGUGAGAUAUAUUUUUUUAAUCUUUGUCCACUGUACAAAAAAGUAUCAUUGUAAGUAACAUAAAUUUCAAUAUAAAAUAAUAAAUUGAGAAGUUUAACAGCUGAUAGUCAUUUGAUAAAAAAAAAUCACCAGUUUGUACACCAGUAUCAGAAAAUAUUUUUGUAAUCAUAUCUUUUCUUGCUGAAGGCUUAUGAGUGAAUAAAUGACAAGUAAAUGGAUGAUGGGUAGCAAUUAUUUCAGUAUUUAAUCAAUUCUUCCCACAUGUCAUGAAUAGAGAUCACUCCUACUGAUAAGACCCUUCUCCAACCAUAAGGAUCUGGUAGUAUUAAUAAUGAUUAAUCACUUCAAAUUUUGUGCAAGUUCUAGUCACAAAGAGUUUGUUGUCAGCCAAGCCCAUUCAUCUCACAUCAGCCUCCAUGGGGCACUUCUCAAGGCUUUGGGCAUUUCAAGUCAAUCCUAGCAUUAGCCUGUGAAACAUCACUGCAAUAUAAUCCUGAAUACAGGGAAGCUCUUUAUAUCCAUUCAUCCUUAAUGUGUCUUCAGCCGAGAGCAGGACAAUGAUGGUGCUGAGAGGGAAGGUGCAGAGGAUGAAACUUUGGUGAAUGAAAACUUCCACUUUUUGUUGAAUGCCCUUCAGAGGGAGGGAAGGAAGUGUUAAUGUUGUAUAUGGUGACUGUUUCAAUGUGAUAAUAAAUACUCACUCCACCUCACAAUAUUGUGUGAUGAAUAAUGUAGGUUUUCAAUUGAACAUCUGUACAAUAUUAUAUUUCUUGUAUAUCUUUCUUUGUAUAUUCAGAAGAAACUGUACAAAUUUCAUACCAAGUCUUUUGUAGUGUACUCUGAUGCAAAUUUGCCUUGUAGAAUGUAUGUAUAUAGUUUUCUGAAAAUGUCCAAUCUUCCUCUUCAGGAUAUGAGUGUGCUUGAACAUGAUUGUGUGAGCAUGUGGUGCAGUAAAGUGAGCUAAUCUGACACGAGGUAAUGAUGCAUUCGCAGCAGGUUCAGAAGCACUGACUUCCUCACCACUGACAACUGAAGAGUUUGCCUUCACCAACAAAGAUUACAUUGUGUAAGAACUUGCCAGAUCAACACAUCAGGGAUAUUUUCGUCAUGUAGGGAAAACAGUAGAUGACCAAUUUUAGUCUAUGAUGCUGAUAUUUGAUUAAUAUUUUUUAAUCAUUCUUGUAUUCAUUUUUUUUUUUUUUUUUUUUUUUUUGCGACAGUUUAUUGUAAACCAUUUGUCGGUUAAGGCCCAUCUCAUCACUAUUGCAUCCUUGUACCAUUUGGUGGUCCUUGUGUGGAAAUUAUUUCAGCCUUUGUAAGGUUCAGGAUAGACAUUGGAAUGUAUUGUAUUGCUCUCAAGAUUUAAGUGUAAGCACAUGUGGUGGCCAUAUUAUUAUACUGAUGCUGUAUUUUUUUCAACAUUUUUCAUCAGUUACUGAUCAAGUAAUUCCAAAAGCAAGACAAGGGAUGCACGAUAAAGAACAGGAAUAUAUGAAUCAAAUGACACAAUCAGAGAUGAGGGUCUCGCGUGCCCAUCAUAGCAUCUGGUUAUGCUGCUUGCCCUCAGAUGGAAGGCAUUCCUGGUUAAUAUAGAUUCAAUGAAUCUCUUGCAAAAUUGUACGUUAGUUUAUGGUAAUACAUUGUCAGGUUUCUAUUUAUGAUCUUGGUUGUUCUUUGCAGACUGCAUCUGCAACAUUUGUGCUGCUGUUCUACUGAACAGACACGUUAAGAUUUCAGACCUGUAACUGUAACCUUCAGAUGACUUCCAAUUGUGAUCUUCCAAAAGAAAGUGUGACUGUUACAUGCCACUAGUCUACUGAAUUAAAUUUAUUUGUAUUAAUCUUUGUUGAUAAGAAGAGGCUUUUUUGCCAUAAUAAAUAUUAAGAUUUAACAGUGUAAUAGCAAAUCAAGAGAAAAUGUGGACCAUAAACUUACUUCAGCUUUGUAAA